CUGACUUCGUAGCUAACGUUAACGUUUGUGCUUCUGAGUUUUGACAAGUGGUUGUGGACUUGAACGAGCUAAAGAGCGAAACGACCAGAUUGUAGACGAAGAGGUAACAGCUACAGAAAUGUCGUUUAUAUUUGAUUGGAUCUAUCAAGGGUUUAGCAGCGUGCUACAGUUUUUAGGUCUAUAUAAGAAAACCGGUAAACUAGUUUUCCUGGGGUUGGAUAAUGCGGGAAAAACGACUCUUUUGCAUAUGCUUAAAGACGACAGACUCGGACAACACGUGCCUACGUUACAUCCAACUUCUGAAGAAUUGACGAUUGCGGGAAUGACAUUCACCACAUUCGACCUGGGUGGCCACGCACAAGCAAGAAGAGUUUGGAAGAACUACCUCCCGGCUAUAAACGGCGUUGUGUUUCUUGUAGACUGUGCAGAUCACAAUCGUCUAGCCGAAUCUAAAGUAGAGCUUGAUGCGCUGUUAACAGAUGAAACCAUCUCCAGUGUGCCAAUUCUUGUUCUGGGAAAUAAGAUCGACCGCCCAGAAGCCAUCAGUGAGGAAUCACUAAGGGGAGCCUUCGGUCUUCAUGGUCAGACCACUGGGAAGGGGAACGUGUCAUUGAAGGAGCUCAACGUGAGGCCGCUGGAAGUGUUCAUGUGCAGCGUGCUGAAGAAACAGGGAUACGGGGAAGGCUUCCGCUGGCUUUCGCAGUACAUUGACUGAUCCCUCAGCAACACGCUGCACGGCAUCGCACACAAGCCUGAGACGACUCCUUGACUUCUUAUGAUUUUUUUUUUUUUUACCAGGAAAUGAAAAUAAGGACUUGCUCUCAUAAGGAGUGCUGUAUUUACCCAAUAUUCAAUGUCCAAACAGCCCAAAUGAAAAUAUUUUUAGUGCUCUUUUGCAACAUUUUAAUGGUCUCAAACAGCGCUUGGCAUAGGUGUGCUGUAAUACAUUUGACACUUUAAAAAAUGGCAAGAAAAUUCAAAAGAGGAAAAGGGUUAUGAUAACAGAGCAUCCCAGAUCACCAAUGGCCCUCACUUGGUACUUGAUUGCUAUUGUAAAUGUAAUUAUAUAUUGCUGUCAUUUCAUUUACAUACAGGGCAUUGAAAAUGUUCCCAAAAAUAAAUCCAGACACCUUGGACAGAAAUUGGCAGGUAGCACCAGUACUCAAGAGCCAGAGCUGUGCAGGUUUUUGAGUUACCUUGUGACAUUUGGGGUCACUUUACAUUGAGGUGACUUGACUUAAUAUCCUAUUUCAUACUUCCUCGAAGCAGUUAGGAGAUGACCCCAUGACAUUGAAAGACUAGAGUUUCCUCUGCCUGGUCUGCAAUGUAAAUCAUGUCAUUUUGCAAGCUGGCGGUUGGAAUCCCAGUCACAUUUCAAUGCCAAGCUUUUUUACGAUCAUGUACAGUAUUUGUAUAGUCUGUGUCAUCCGACAGGUAACUUUGAAACAGCUGUUUAAUAUGUCUAAAUGACAGAAUGUCGUUUAUGGUCUACAUUUGGAAGAAAGAAGAAAACAGAAAUGUGUUAAAGUCAUUCAACUUGCACAGUGUCCUGUCAGCAUAUGUUCACGUUGAAUGUAUAGAAGACAUCGACUAAGAAGUGAUUAAAGGACGUUCUGAAUGAGAAAUCCUCUUUAGCAUUGACAAAGUGCUCUAUGCUAUUAAUGUCAACAUUGUGGAAGAUGCAGAUAUUUGAAGUUAAUAACAGAAAUGUAAUAAUGGAUUGAAUGUAAAUAAUAACUUCCCUUCAGGAAACAUUUUUUCAAAGGUGAAUGGGUUUGAUAGUGCUUGUGUGCUGCUAUUGCCUUUAACAUACCCAGCCAAAGACUUCAGCAGUUUUUCUGUAGACCAGAUGGUAAGGAGAUGUUGAUAGUUGUAGUAUUGCACAGAGGGUGGCAGUCACUAAUAUGUUCCAUGAAGGUAUAUUACACAGUUACCGGUGUGUAACGCCCUGGUGUACAACAUUUCUAUUGGUAGACUUAAGCAAUAAAAUGUAAGGACAGCAAUAUCCAAGUCAACAAAUAAGAAAAAGUUGCAAAAGUUGACUCAUUAUUUCCUCUGAAGGUUGCCGUAGGGCUCUAUCAAUGCAACUGUAGACAGUUGACCCUUAAGAGAGCAGCUGUAGUGCUACCUAUUGACAUAACCUUUAGCCAACUCUUUUAAUGAGAAUAAGAUCACCUGUAUGGCUAUCUUGGGUUAUACUAGUGCUUUUAAUUUACUCUAAACUUACUCUUUCAUGUUUUAUUUAACACCUAAACCAUCAAAUGCUUUAUUUCAAACCGUUUCCUCAACACACAGAGUAGUAGUGAAAUACUUGUUUUGUAGUCUAAGGGUCUUGUGGUAAUUUGAGGGUUGAGGGCAGUACUGCUGUAUGUACUGUACAUGUAACUGUAGAUAAUGAAGUUUAUCUCUACUGUUUACGAUCUGAAUUCCAGACCGUGGCUCAUGAAUAGCCUGGCUCAUGCUUGUAGCAUUGCAGUAUGUAUUCUUUGACUAUCAGCUGUGAACACCCUCAGAGUGGUGCUGCAGUGAUGAUAUGAGAGUACUUACAUGGCAUAAAUUCACAGCCUCUGGAAUGAAAUCAUUCAUAGUGUAACCGUGUAAAACUGUUAUGUACCAAUCACUUUGUCAUACUUGUAUAUAAUGUAAAAUCAUAUGGACAUAUUCAUCCUGUUGAACUGGCACAUGAGUGAACAUGUCUGUUACACAUCUGUUACUGAAAGUAUUCAUGUUUACUGGUUGUAAAUGGUGUACAAGUUGC